CUGAUUUCUUCAAAGUGGCUGAUUCAUAUUUGGUGCUCUGUUCCAGUCUGCACUAGGGUGUUGGUGCUUGUGUUUUCAGUUCAGGAGAUAACGCUGUUGUUUGUCGGGAGUACUCGGCACAUUUUUCACCGUUAUCUGCGGUGACAGUGGGAAGAAUCACCCUCGACGUGGACGUGGUCAGUUGGCGUGUCCCGACUUGGAGUGACGGCUGUGCAGUCCUAUGAUUCCUCCCAAACACUUCUGCACUGGCCCCUUUUCCAACAAACUAAAUCGCUAACUUUAGUUAUUUCGUGACCUGUUUGCAACUUCGUCGGAACUUGAAGACAGUCGGGGCUCAAGAUGUCUGUAGCGGGCUUGAAGAAGCAGUUUUAUAAAGCCAGCCAGAUGGUAAGUGAGAAAGUUGGAGGUGCAGAGGGAACCAAACUAGAUGAUGACUUCAGAGACUUGGAACGGAAAGUAGAUGUGACCAGUAAAGCAGUAGUGGAGGUAAUCUCCAAAACAUCAGAGUACCUUCAGCCCAACCCCGCAUCUCGGGCCAAGCUGUCCAUGUUGAACACCAUGUCUAAGAUUCGUGGUCAGGUGAAGAACCCAGGCUAUCCCCAGGCCGAGGGACUGCUAGGGGAGUGUAUGGCCAAGUAUGGACGGGAGCUGGGAGAGGACACUAACUUUGGCGGAGCACUAGUAGAUGUAGGUGAGGCCAUGAAGAGAUUGGCAGAAGUCAAAGACUCUCUAGACAUCGACGUCAAACAGAACUUCAUUGAUCCGUUGCAAGGGCUCUGUGACAAGGACCUCAGAGAGAUACAGCACCACCUCAAGAAGCUUGAGGGCCGUCGCCUGGACUAUGACUACAAGAAGAAGCGUCAGGGCAAGAUACCAGAUGAGGAGGUUCGACAGGCCCUGGAGAAGUUUCACGAAUCAAAGGAAGUGGCUGAGAACAGCAUGUACAACUUGCUGGAGACUGAUAUUGAGCAGGUGAGCCAGCUCUCAUCUCUGGUAGAGUCUCAGCUGCAGUACCACAGACAGGCUGUGCAGGUGCUGGAGGAGCUUUCUGACAAACUCAGAGACAGGAUGAAUGAGGCUCAGUCUCGACCAAGGCGUGAAUACACACCCAAACCCAAACCUAUCUUUGACUUUGGAGACAACCACCAUUCAAACGGCGGAUACUCAACCUCAAUGGCCCCUCCACCUUCAUGUAACUCAGAGCCAACUUUUCACUUGGCCAGAUUGUCCUUUCGGAAAUCCAGAUUGUCCCCAGAGCAGCCAAGCUGUAGGGCGCUGUAUGACUUUGAGCCGGAGAACGAAGGAGAGCUGGGCUUCCGCGAGGGCGAUAUCAUCACCCUGACCAAUCAGAUCGACGAGAACUGGUACGAGGGCAUGCUGAACGGCCAGUCGGGAUUCUUCCCUCUCAACUACGUCGAGGUCCUCGUUCCGUUGCCACACUAAUACAAACAGAGCAAGACAGCUGAGAGGAGACUGAUGGAGAGGAGAGAGCAAGUAAGAUUAGUAGAGAGGGAGGAAAGUGAAGCCACGGGAUGGUCCACAGAAGUUUCAUUUUCACCUUCAGCUCCAGUGUCAUCCUCACAGAUGAGCACUUUUAGUCAUCUAGAGUUCUGAGGAGGAUGGUUACAUCUCAAAGUCCAAACCAGAAUAUCAACCUUGUUCCACCCAAAGGUCAAAGGAUCUAGACUAAGAUGGACUGAGAAGGUCAUUACCUGUUAUUUCACAGUCAGAAACAUUUCUCGAGGACUAACCGGUGAAACAUUUAUAAGCAUUUUUUUUUUCUUUAACCACAAAUUACUGAUAUAGUGAAAAGAAUUGUUUUAAAUCUAGUGAUUAUGAUGACUGGGAUGAUGCGUUUGUAUCAUCCUCUUUGUGUGACUGCAGUCUGUUUAAAACUCAGGUUGGUCAGCAGUUUAACAGCAAGCUUUCAGACUGGAGAGGCCAACUCAAACCUCCCAGUAGUGUCAUGUAACUUGACUGAAUAUUACACUCAUUUCAAAACUGAAAACUUUGUGCCCCCCAGAGCACUGGAGCUUAUCUCUUGAUGCCACCUGCUGGCAUAACUGAGAAUUAGUUUUACUCUAACUAAAAUGGAACUAGACAUGAACAGAAAUGUAUUUUAAGUUGGAUCUUUAAAAAAAUGAAUUAAAAAAAAUACUUCUUCACAUUUUUAAUGAGCCAAAAAAAUAUCUCAGAUUUGUGACUUAGACUGUUUUCAGGUUUUGGCCUGUUUUCCUAAGCUGUCCAGUGGUGAUGAUAUCUUCAGGAGACAACAGUGGGUUCUUUAAUAUGGUUUCAGUAUUUGAUUUAUAUUAGUCUCAACUUACUACAUUAGUUUUUAAGAGUAGAACUGAUUACUGAAUAUGUGAGAAAAUGUAAUUGCACCUUGGUCAUCAAAUGAGAUUGAUGUGUGUGUGAUAGACUUACUCCACCGUAAUACAAAGACCCAAAGUUAAAUCAAAUGCAGACAUUGCACCUUUUUGUCACUUCAGGCAGACGUGUAUAGAAAUGCAGAAUGAUUAAUCAUUUAGUGGUUGUCUGCUAGUCUGUUUAAUAGAAGAGACAGAGCCAAAAAGUCUGUAAAAUGCAAUAACUACAUAUCGCUUAGUGCGUCUCUUUGUUAAACUUCUAGGAGUUCUAUAACAGCCAUAUAUUCAUUGAGUUUUGGGCCUGUUUGUCUUACCAUUUUAAGUCCUUUCACUUCUUUUCUUAGUCUUUUGACCUCUGUUUUAGGCGCCUGACAAGACAACGCUGCUGGCAGCGACUUAGUCCUUCAUAUACAUUGCUAACUGUCCUGCUGUUUCUGUCUGCCUUCGUGUCUUUGAGAAUGUGAAACUCAUCUCUGCUUUGAAGCUUAGUCUGGCCCUGUGAUUCUGAUCAUUCACAAUGGCUCUGAUUCGAUUUAUUUUGGUAGUAUAACGGGUUGAUGUGGCGUUUAAUCUAUUUAGACAAGGCCGGUUUCUUGUUUUGGAUCGACCCACAGUUUACACCUGCAGAGGAGUUUAAUCCAGCAUACACUGAACAGUAUGAGGGAAAGACCUGGAGAGAAAGGGAAAACGUCAAGGGAAAAAAAAAUUGACAAAUUUGGAGAACCCUUGUGAUAAAACAUUAAUCCUUACAAAACAAGGACCAUCAGUGCAACUGUUUUGAAAAAGAGUUUAAUUGUGAAUGACAAAUACAUCUUUCUUCACUGUUUGCAGUGUGUUUCUACUACAUUUCCCCUUUGUUAUGCGUGUUUGUCCUUUACUCCAUGUUGCCAAACGCGUCCCCCACUCGGGUUUGGUCCUUGUCCAUACAUGUUUACAUCUCUGAUCUUACUACAUUUCAAUUCUUGUAUCAAGUUCAGGGCAAAGUUAAAGGACUGUGGGAGGUGCUGUCUGGGUCACACUGUCAUAAAAUAUAGUCAGUUUUUAGCUCUGUUUUAUUGCAGUUGGAAAAGAAAGGACACAACUAAUACAGCAACCAAAACCUAACCAAGCUACUUAAAAACAAUGGUCAAGAGGUUUCUUUUAUUAUUAUUGUUUUGUUUCUAGCCAUUGGCAGUUUUCCUGUGUAAUGAUGAAAUGCAUGUUGUGCACAUUUCUGCACAGUUAUGACACUAUAGCAGUUUCCUGAACGUGUGUUUAGAUAAUGUGAGGCUCAUCAGCAAACAACCAGUGGAACCUGUUUUUAUGUAGAUUUUAAUCCAUGUUUGAAAAAAAAAAAAAUUGUCCCACUGAUCCUUUUUUUUAAAGGGCUAUGCAUUUGUGUAAUCAGUCUUAAAUGCUCUUUUGAACAGCAUUAAAUCAUUCUGGCUCUCUA